AUGGAAGCCUCCCCUCGCCGUUCCAGCAGCACUCCGCUGUACACCGCACCGCUUCCAUCUGUCCAUCUGAGUCCCGUCCACGCCAAGGCAAACCACCCGAUGAAACUUCGCCAUGAGAACGGGACAAUGAUCCGCAAGAUCCAGGGCUGGGCCAAGCUCAGUAUCUCCUCUGCAGGACCCAGAUCAAGCGGCAGCAGCAGUUUCUCUCGCUUGAUCCAGAAUAUAAAGGUCCCGAUCCGGAUGAACGGUGACCGCGACCAGAGCCCUCGCAGGCUCGCGGCCGCCGAAGAGACCUCACAGCGAUCGCAGCGAUCGCAAGAAGACGAGGCUCCCCCGCUCCAGCCAGUUGACGUUGAGAGGGUUCGAACCAUCGAGAAGGUCGCCGCAGCCAAGAUCUACUUGGAGAGCUACUAG